UAUAUACUUUUGGCUCCAACGGGAUUUAAGGUGUAUGUGAAAGAUAAAUGCAUUGUGAUUGAAGAUAUUGAUUUGGAUAUUUACUUCACCAAAAAUUUGUUCGAGGAUGUCAUUUCCAAAGCCAAAGAACAGAAUAUAAGUCUUCCUAGGUUUGUUGGUUUUAGAUAUCAUCCUCCUUCGAAAGAAAUUCAGAAAGAGGCACUAGCUUCUGAUAGAGAUUGGAUUAAGAUGGUUGAGGUUUGGGGGGAGUUGCUUGUAAUUUCAUUCCCUUAUUUGUAGUUGAGUUAGAAGAGCCUAGUGCAUUACAAAAAAUGGCAGAGGAACUUCAUGUUACUGCCCAAACUUUUAAGGACCCAAGCAGUAGUGAUGCUGAGCUUUGGGCUGACAAUUUGCUCGUGACACCAACAAAUUAUAGUCAGACUUUUGAAAGUGAAGAUAAUGGGGGUAAUAAAUCUAAAUUAAAUGUGAGAAUGCAAAUGAGUAGGACAUUUGAAGUGUUGCUCCAACCAUCUGUUUUAGACCCCCCUGAGGUUCCAUGCAUUACUAUUUCCUCUCCACACCUCUCACCCACAAGUACAGAACCUAAUACAAUGACUAGAGAGGAGGUUGAGAAUGAUGGCAGUUCUAAAAAGAAGAAAAAGAAGCUUGUGGGGGGAGGUAGUAAAGUACUUGAGAGGACUGAGUUGAAUGUCAAACUUUUGGCUAAAGAAUUAAAAGGGUUAGAAGCUUAUGACAUUCCUGCCUUGAGCAACCCCCAAGUUCCUCCCCAUGUUCCUCCCCUAGAUCUCUUUUUUGAGGAACCUGUGCUCCCUUCUCAGGGGGGAAUUGAUGAUGAUAAAGCUUCAUCUAAAGAUGAAGAAGAAGACUGUGAUUUUACAGGGAGUGAGGAGGAGUGUUUGAGUAGUGAGGCAGUUUCCUUGGAUGAAGAGUCAGAAAUGGAGGAUGAGUUUGAUCUUGAUGCUGACACUGCCCAUAAACUGAUGCUGGGUAAUGAGGAAGAAAAUGAAGAUGGGAGUGGCAGUCAGUCUAUUCUUGAGAAAAUGGCUAAGGUGUUUAGGACUGGAAGGCUCUGGGUGAGAAGUGCUCAUGGAAAAGUUGAGCUAAAGCAAGGUGACAUAUUUAGUUGCAAAGAAGAUUUUCUUAGGGUCAUGAAGGACUAUGUUAUUCAAAAGGGAAUUUCUCUUAGGAAAAUAAAAAAUGACAAGAGAAGAUACACUCAAGUAUGUAUGAAUAAGGACUGCAAAUUUAAGAUUCAUGCAUCUGUUCUAGUUGAUGGCCACUCUUGGAUGAUUAAAAGCAUAUGUGAGGAUCAUAUUUGUUCAGUGAAAGAGCACCAUAACAGGGCUGGAUCAACUUGGGUUGUAACUCACCUUCUAGAAGACUUCAGAAAUAAUAAACAGAUGAGUGUAGUUACUGCCCAGAAGAUUAUUUUGAAGAAGUUCAGCACACGCAUACCUGAUUAUACUUGCUGGAGGGCUCUUAGGGUCAUGAGGGGUAUAGUUGAAGGUAGGCAUGAAGAUGGAUACAAGAUGUUACCACAAUACAUGGAGUUUUUUAAAGAAAAGAAUCCAGAUUCCCAUUGCUUCAUUAGGUGGCAGGAGAUUGGUCCAGGGAGAAAUCCAAUUUUUAAGAGGUGUCAAAUCUGUAUAGGUUCAUCCAUCACAGCUUUUAAGAAGUAUUGUAGACCCUUGAUUGGUAUUGAUGCAUGUCAUUUGAAGGGUCCAUAUGAGGGAGUGCUUUUGACUGCUAUGGCCUUAGAUGGAAACAAUGGUCAAUUUCCCUUAGCAUAUGGUGUUGCUAAUUGUGAAGAUGAAACGGAGUGGCUUUCUUCCUACAUGGACUAGCUGUGGCACUUGGCUGCACAUCAGAUGCAUCCCCAUACACAAUAAUAUCUGACAGGCACAAGGUACUUGAGCCUCUCUUAUUAUAUCUUUGUUCCAAGAGUACAUCACCUAAAUUUCUACACAAUAAUAAAUGGCAGGUGCAUUGUAACACCCCAAUCCGUAUAACCCGGAAUUACACGAAUUAAGGUGAAACGAGAGUUAAAUAAAAAUUUCACUUGACAUUUGGAAAUGACAAUUUCUGAUAAAUAUUAAAUUUACAGACUCUGGAUCGCGACCCAUUUAAAAAUAUUUUCAGAGUAAUGCGGAAGUACAAUAAUAAUCAAAUCAUGACACAUUUUAAAAUCUGUUGACCAAACAUUGCCUGCCAUCCUUGCAUCUCCUCUGACUCAAUGCCCUCUAGGAAAGGUUCCAUCAUUGUCUUCUUGUUACCUACGUGUAGUCAACGAAAAAUACAAACUACACGCUCAGCGAAACCGCUGAGUGGUACCUCG